GCUCUGAAGCAAAACAAAGUGGCCUGCAGAUCACCUCCUCUUGUUCUGAGAGGUGUCAUCAGUAGAAGUAGAUAUUAGGCAGCAGAGGAGAAAGUCAUGGCUGUGCGCAUUAUACGUGGAAUGGAGGACCUGGUGGCGUCGAGCAGCCAGCUCGUCUGGAGCCUGGCGCACCAGACGCUGAGGAGGUGGUACAACCGUGGGCUGAUGCCAUGCAGACGCUUCCUAGAAGCCUGGUUCAGGAUUGGAAAAUGCUACCAGAUGACAGAGGGCCGUCUAUGCCAGGUUCACCUCCUCGAUGGCAGGCAGCUGGAGCUGCUGGUUCAGCCCAAGCUGUUGUCCCGUGAGCUGCUAGAUUUGGUGGCCUCACACUUUAACUUGAAGGAGAAGGAAUACUUUGGGUUGUGCUUCAUAGAUGACACUGGACAGAAUAACUGGCUCCAGCUGGAUCGUAAAGUCCUCGAUCAUGACUUCUCUAAGACUUCAGGGCCUUUGGAGCUCAAGUUCCUUGUAAGGUUUUAUAUUGAGAGGAUCACCUUCUUGAAAGAGAACACAACGGUGGAGCUGUUCUUCCUGAACGCUAAAUCUUUAGUGUUUAAUGAGACCAUCGAAGUGGAGAGUGGGAAUGUUUUCAAGUUAGCUGCGUUCGCAUUGCAGGAGGCCAAAGGAGAUUACACCAGUGUUGACACUGCCACAUUGGACCUAAAGCAGCUACCAGUCCUGCCCACCAGAGUAUUAAGGGAGCACCCAUCUCUCAAUUACUGUGAAGACAAAGUGAUUGACCAUUACAAGAAACUAAAGGGACUUACCAGAGGACAAGCCAUUGUACAGUAUCUGGCCCUGGUGGAGUCACUGCCGACAUAUGGAGUCCAUUAUUACCCAGUGAAGGACAAGCAGGGAAUACCGUGGUGGCUGGGAGUCAGCUACAAAGGCAUUGGCCAGUAUGAUUUGCAGGAUAAGCUGAAACCAAGAAAGUUGUUUCAGUGGAAGCAGUUGGAGAAUUUGUAUUUCCGCGAGAAGAAAUUUGCAGUGGAAGUGAACGACCCACACAGAAAAGCGGUGACCAAGCGAACUUUCGGACAGACUGGACUGGUUAUUCACACAUGGUAUGCCAGCCACUCUCUGAUUAAAACCAUCUGGGUGAUGGCCAUCAGUCAGCACCAGUUCUACCUGGACAGGAAGCAAAGCAAAUCAAAGAUGACCACAACCAGGAGUUCAGGAGACAUCGCCAUGGACCUCACAGAGAUCUGUGCCCCACGGAUCAGUAAACUUUCCAGUAUUGAGAGCAAAGAUCAGCUAAUAAUGGCAAGCAAUGGAAGCCUCAUCUCAGCCGGUUCUGCUGAUUCCGAAGUCAGCGAAGAACAGAAGAAAGAGAAGAUUUCUGAAUUGAAAAAGAAAGAAAAGGAUCUUCAAGACACACUGACGCAGAAACUUGAAGAGCUGAAAAAGAUCUGCAUGAGAGAAGCUGAGCUUACAGGCCGAUUGCCUAAAGAGUAUCCCUUAGCCACUGGUGAGAAGGCUCCUCCAGUUCGACGUCGUGUUGGGACAGCCUUCAAGCUUGAUGACCUUUUCCCGUAUGAUGAGGACCCACAGCUGAGGAAUUUGGAAAGCAGGUUUGCCUUGCAGCAGAAGAUUGUGGAAGCAGCCAUGAAGCUAGCUAAUGAGGGCGACCUCUGCAAGACUGUGAAGAGAAAGAGGAGAAACAACUACCUGGAUUCUAUGAGGAAGCUGGAGGAGAUCGAGAAGGAAAUAAAUGCCUAUAGGAUCAAGAAAGGAAAGAAACCCACCCAGAGAGCCUCACUGAUCUUAGCAGAUGAUGUCCACCCUUCAGACCUCAGCUCUCUAUCUGACAGCCUCACUCUGGAUGAUGACGAUGAGCUCGGUUCCCAGAGGCAGAGGUCUAGAUCUGUCCAAUACUCCCCAAGACCACACCAUGCAGAAACUCUGGAUAUUCAUUACAACAAGGACAGACGAUCUUCUGCCAAUGACCAGCUUGGAGACAGCAGAUUAAAUUACGGCGAAGUCCAGGAAUCGUUCCACUACAAUCACAGUGAUGCCUUAUCAAGCUACCGCAGCCCGUUUAAAGCAGCUUCCAGACAGCCACGUGAUGCUCGCAGCAUGCCCCCCACUCCCCUCCUCACCCGCAAUGCAUACAGCAGCACACAGCUCAGAUCAGAGGAUGCUCCACAACAUUUCCGUCAGCGCAGUGGGAGUCUGGAGUCCCAGUCUCAGUUUAUGACAGAGACGAAGCUGCCUGUACCAGCAUUCACUGUCUCUCCAGCCCGACGCAGCAACAGCACCGAGGUUCUUGAUGACGGGUCCUCCUACACAAGCCAGUCCAGCGUUGAAUACAGUGUUCCGGGUAACCACACCCAUAGGUGUAGAACUCGUGGCCGCCACAGAAAAGACAUGUAUGCCAACACAGGGAGCAUGCCCAACCUGGCUCAGCCAGACACCCGGUGCUAUGCCUACCAGCCUCGGGCCAGACCCACCACGACAGCCUACUAUGUCACAGGCUAUCCGAGCUACGCAGAACCAGAGCCUUACUCCAAUGGAGUCUAUGUGUACGACAGCGAGAUGGAGGGCCACUAUAACGUCAACCCCUCCUAUCACCAAACCCAAACAGCUUAUCACAGCCAUGACAUGCACAGUCACUACAGUAACGACGAGAUAGAUGGUAUAUCGCAGAACCCAUACGCCACGCUACGGCCACCUAGGAACCGACCGGUGCCCCGCAGCAAUGAGCAGGUCAGCAAGAACAUCCAGAAAGCUCUGGUGGCUGAACACUUGAGAGGCUGGUACCAUCGCAACGCUGCACACAAACAAGCUGCGUAUAACUACGAUUAUGACAGAGGCUCCCAGCACAGCCUGGGUUAUCAGACCAUGCCUGCACCCUACAGCCACAACAACAGGAACACUGCCUACUCAUCAGUGUCCUCGGUGUCCUCCAGUGGAAACUGGCACAGCCACAUGAGCAGUGGGGAUAUGUUGGAAUAUGACAUGCCCAUGCACGCUCCGCAGUCCUACUCAUACACUGCAGCCCCCUACAGCCACUCCGCCCACAACAGAUAUGGCACCUCCCAGCUUUUAAAGGGCUCCUGGCACAGUCCAGAUGGCCAGAGACGCUGCGCCUUUUACCCUGCUAGUUCUUCCUCCUCCGGUUCCCCUUCCACUUCCUCCCUGCCCUCCUCUUCCUUUCCCUCCUCCUCCUACUCCCCUGGCUGUCGGGUCAGGCAGGUGACCUCCAGCCCUUCGCAGCCACAAUCCUCCAGAGGGCACAGGCUCAGUAAGGUGUCCUUUGCUAAAGGUAGCUCAUAAUCCUACCUAGAUGUCAGCCAAACGGACUCAAACAUCAGCAACCAAAUGCACACCAACAUGGACCCAGAAGACCAGAUUUAUUGGCACGAAGACUCAAAACCGGGAACAAUAGUUUAGUUGCCUGUUAACGUGCUGUGUGAAAUUUUUACCGUAACAAGUUGUCACUGUGCCUUAGACUGCACUAACCUGUUUUUGUGUAAAAGGGACCCAAAGAAUGAAGGAACUUGACUUCUGUGGAAUUCAGCGUGUUCAGCAAAUGAAGUAUUCUCACUUUUGGUUCUCUUGAAUGCUCCCAAACCCGCACACAUCCCUGUAUUCAAACCAUUACGAAACCCCACGGGAGUGUCUACGUUUUGGGAUUGCGAGUGUGUGUGGUGAUGCCACUCGUGCACUGAAACUAUACCGAGCCCUGCUCUGGACUGUGUAGCCAAAGGGAAUUUGGGCUGAACUUCUUUGGUGUUUCCCUUUCGAGAUACCAAUUUCACAAACCAAGAACUGAGACCGUCUCGGUAAGAGGAUACUGAGCAGCAACGAACAACUGACCUGAUUCUGCUUCUUACAUCUAUGAACACUGGAACCAUGAAGGAUUAGACAAGGAUUGAUAAGGACAUUAUCAAAAUGAAGGAUUGAACUCAUUAAAAAUGAGUCAAAAAGAUGGCUACUUCCUGGAACAUUCUGCAGUCACCAGAUCCAGUUUUACCACAGCAUUGCUUCAAACUACCACUCUGCUUCCUGCACGUUUGUUUGUCAUUUACAAAGUAUUCAAUCUAUCUCACUGUCAGUACUUACAGUAUAAUUGAGCCAAAUACUUAUUUGUUACACCAUUUGAGUAUUACUGGAAGUCCAAAUUUAAAUUACUGCCACUGCAGGAAGACAGAAAAUCGAGUUUAGUUUGUUUUUUCUAUUUUAACAUGGUUUUUUCCUCCAUGCUGGAAAUCAUGGACUGGUGCUUCCAAUUUCUCUGAAGAGAGUCAGAGUUGUAUGUAAAUGUUGGUAUUGUAAAUACACUGGUUCUGUCCUUUUUUUUAGAGCAUUUUUUUAUGUAUUUGAAAAGCAUGUAAUAUAUAGUAAACAAUUAUUGUUAAGCUGGUUCUUAGUAAUUUGUAUAAUUGCAUUUGUUUGAAUUAAAAAAAGUCAGCAUUUGAGUCGGG